UGUUUGUGGCAAAGGUUUAAUAAAUUUUCAUUUCGAUAUGAAUGAAGUCAAGUAGUUUCGCCAUUGUUUAGCGGCACAGCUGUGUUGUGGGUUGUUUAGCGCGAAGAGGGGUAGUAUCCCUCGGUAAAAAAAAAUAAUGCAGGACCAACAAAAGAAAGUUCAUUACUGCCCACACGAAGGCUGUAAUGCUACAUUUAGCAGACCUUACAGAGUUACAGAUCAUUUGUAUGCUGCUCACACCAAUGUGAGAGCUUAUGCCUGUCAGGAAGCAGGCUGUUCGAAAUCAUAUUCCAAUAAAAGUCAUCUCAUUAGACACAUUAAUACUGUACAUAAACAUAUUCAGAGUGAUGUUUUAUACAGCUGCCCUUUAUGCUUGAAAACAUUUGUGAAUCGACAAAAUUUAAAAAGACAUGUGAAGGUCCAACACACCCUCAAAAAUUAUUUUAUUUGUGAUAUUUGCAAAAUAAGCUUCAAAAAGAAAAACCAGCUGAGGGCGCAUAUGUACCAACACACUGGCAUAAAAUCAUUUAUUUGCGAGAUAUGUCCAAACAAAGGUUUUGUAACACUUUAUGAUAAGAAAAGGCAUAUGAGAUGUCAUAAAACAUAUAACUGUGUUGAAUGCCAGUUGCAGUUUAAUGUUUGGUCUGAAUACCAAAAACAUAGAAAAAUUGUACAUGAAGUUGCAGAAUACAUUUGUAAUGAAUGUAGCAGGAGCUUUAAACAGAGAAGUCAUAUAGUACGUCAUGUCAAAAUACACAGUCAGAUACUAUUGAGUAAAUUGUACAAAUGUCCGUAUGAAAACUGCCCAAGACUUUAUACCAGAAAUAGUAAUCUCAAGCAACAUAUUUUGAUAAAACACGUGACUAUGACACAUGAAUGUGUUAUUUGUAAGGCUCACUUGUCAUCUAAGGCUUGUUUGAAAAUACACUUGAAGAGACACGAAAACCCUUCGAAAGGACCAAAGAUCGCAAAAACUAAAGCUACAGGUCGAAAGGAGAGGAAAGACAAAGGGAUACCCAGAUCAAUAACAGCUCUAAAACUAGCUGGAUGUGAAGUCAUCAUUGAAGAAGCAGAUGAAGAAUUUAUCACCCCUGAAUGAAUAAUAUGAAUGAACUGGGAUGUUAAUUCUACAUCCCUGCCGCCUGAUAGGGUAAAGAUAACCUUUUUGUCUGUUAAUCCUAGACGUCUCGUUUACACGAUAGUAACAAUAACAAUGGUUAAAAAUCCCAUCGUUUUGUUUGUUAAUACAAAGCGGAGAGAAGACAAACAUGCCGUUUUAU